AUGGUUUUUGACCAGAUUGUGUGUGUGUAUAUACUUUCUUUAAAAGACAUUCAGAAAUCUCACUUUCUCAUAUACACCUCCCCCUCACACAAUACAUCUUUUCUUGCAGAAAAGUUUCAUUUAUUCUCUCGCUACAGUAACAGUCGUAAGCUGCAAACAGACGAAAGCGAUAAGUUGAAAGAAAUGGAAUGGAAAGAUAUUUCUGUGUUUAUUGGAUGCUUCGCUCAUUCAACCUGGACGACAGCUUUGGAAAUAUCACCUAAUAUGGUCAUUGGAGUUUACAACGGAAAGAUUUUGUUCAUAGAAAACAAGGAAAACUUGCCAAAGCUUAUAAAAGAGUACAACCUCCUGAAAGAACGUAUAAGGUACCUUGAAGACAGAGAAAUUUUGAUUCCGGGUUUUGUUGACUGCCAUAACCACGCGUCCCAGUUUCUCAACUCAGGAGUCGAAAAAUUCGAAGAUGUCCAAUUCGCCAAAGAUGCUUACAUAGCAGCCGUGAGUACUUUUGUGAAGAAUGGUACCACAACUGCCUGUUACUUUGCAACUAUUCACACUGAUGCAUCUCUCCUUCUAUGCGAUAUCGCAGAGAAAAUCGGACAGAGGGCCUAUGUCGGCAAAGUGUGCAUGGAUCAAAAUGAAGGCAGUUCUUACAAAGAAAACACUAAAGAGUCACUACAAGAGACGGAAAGAUUCAUCGAAACUGUUCAAAAACGCAAGUAUCGACUGAUCACGCCAGUUGUGACUCCAAGAUUUGCCCUCUCUUGUACUGAAAAACUUAUGAAAGGACUCGCCCAAAUUGCGGACAAGUAUGAUCUACCAAUACAGACUCAUAUUAAUGAGAAUAAAAAAGAAAUUGCUGAGGUGGAAAAAAGGUUCCCGAAUAAAACAUACGCAGAAACCUAUGAUGCCAUGGGUCUCUUGAAAAACAAGACAAUCCUUGCCCACAAUAUUCACUGCCCUCACCAGGACAUAAAACUAAUCAAAAAGAAAGAAAGCAGUGUUUGCCACUGUCCCAAUUCUAAUACCAAUCUUCAAAGCGGAAUGUUCUGGGCCAGACAGCAUUUGGAUGCUGACAUCAAACUUGGUCUCGGAACAGGUGAAUAUCUUCAGGACCUCUGA